GCCGUAAAUGAAAAGGCUUGAAAAUACCGCAGUCAUCCCAAACAACAAUGCCCAUAGUGAAUCCACACCCCCAUUUUUCUCUCCAAGAAAGGCAUGCCAAGCGAACCGUCUGACGAUCCCAAGGCUUGAUUUCGAGCCAUGGCUCCAUAGGACGCGAAUCGAAGCACAAUUGAGGUGAUGCAUUUGCCCCCGAUGAUGUAAUCCUCAUGGUCAUGCUGAUCAGUGAUCAACGCAUCCUGUGAACGGACCCUAGUCUAUUUCGUGAAAACCGUCUAUCUCAGGGGAUCUCCCCUCAUUCGGGUCUAAUCUAUUUCAGUACACCCCUUAUCCCCUGCUGAUUAUGGGCGAGACUUGAUAGGAUAUGAUGAAGGAACGUAGCUGCCUGGUGGCAAUGCACUGCCUUCAGCGUCCAGACGCACGCCACUGUCCAACCACAUAGACAUGACUGACCAUGAUGGUAUGCGAACAACGGACCACCGUGGCAAGGCCAAUGCGCCCAAAAAAGAGACAUUAGCAGAGCAGAUCGGCCGUGAUCUCGCCCGACAACUCUUCAACACCGACCCCCACUCCCCGGACAACAGCCUCCUCCCAGACAGUCCGAUGUACCCCUCCAACAGCAGUACGAGCAGCCAUAACACACAAUACGACUACAAAUCCAGCUCAUCCAACGCCUCUCUCUACCGAUUCAACUCGCAAGCCGCCGAAGAAUCCUCAGCCACCCCCGCCAGCUCCGACACCUCCCUCAGCGACGCCCCUAUUCGCCCGCAACAACAACCUACACCACCUUUGAAACACGCCCCAACGAGCGUCCCCGCAUCCGACCACAGCGCACACGCCGCGAUAGAGCACCUCGCCUCGCGGUACGGCCGCGUCUCACACAUGGGCCUCCUCGACCGCAGCUACCGCGUCUUUCUCAACGCACAACGCACAGGCGCACUAGCUUACAAGCUCGAGAACCACGUCGCAGUCGUAACUGGCGACCCACUAUGUGAUCCAUCACUCUUCGCCUCCGUGGUAUGCGAGUUCGACCGCGCGAGGCGCGCUGCCCACUGGAGUCUGGCGUUCAUGGGCUGCAGCGUGGGGUUCCUGUCGCACAUGGAAACGCAAACACAGCACCAGCAGCAGCAGCAAUGGACGACAAUGCAGUUUGGUGUCGAGCGGGUCGUCGAUCCCACGACGAACGAGGUGUUAGCCGAGCGAGCAGGGAAGCGCAUCGUCAGCCAGUGCAAGCAGCUUCUGUGUCCCGAAAAAGGCGGGACUACACUGGGAGUGUACUCGCGGACGGCGGGGGGCGAGCGAGACGAUGCCCUGGAAGCACAGUUACAGGAGAUCUACGACGGGUGGCGAGCGGGACGGAACGAGCCGGCAGCUACGACGAAGACGCCGCAGGCGUUUAUCACGGUUUACGAGCUGUUCGACUACGCGCGGUUGAUGACGUUCGUGUACACGCGGGGAGCGGACGGGGUUGUCAAUGGAUUUGCGGCGCUGCGGUGGAUCGGGGCCUGCGGCGGGUACCAUGUGGACCCCUGUAUAGCGGGGGAUGGGGCAGCGAAGGGAACGAGUGAUCUUCUGCUGUUUGCGGCAAUGGCGCUGGCGAGGCAGAUGGGUGUCUCGUAUCUGAGUUUGGGAUACGAGCCGAUGGGGGAGCUGGGCGAGGUGAGUGGGAUGGGGGCGUCGCUGGAGAAGGUGACGCGGUCGGUGUAUGCCCACAGUGUGCGUGGGUUGCCUGUUGGAGGCAAGAAGGCUCACCACGAUAAGUUUCGGCCUGACGCGAGUCGCGAGUCGGCGCUAUAUUUGAUUUUUCCGGCCGGGUUGCCUGGGGUCCGGCGCAUGGUGGCGAUGGCGCAUGUGGCGAAUAUUAGUGUGCGGCAGUUGGCGUAUACGCAGUCCAAGUCGAAGUUGUUGGGACGGGGGAGACGACGGAAGGAGCGACAGGAGGGACAUCAGACCCAGUCUGUGGAGAGCUCAUGACGAUUUUAAUGGAUGGCGUGGCUGGAGUUGUAUGAUACCUUUUGCUUUGGUUUGGAUAGAG